UUGUGAUGUGAGAAUUUUUGUUGAGAGUUUUUUUAAUGGAAUAAUCAACUAAAAUCUAACUAUCCAAGAUACCGCGCAAUGCCACGAAGACCAAGAAUUGACUGUAUGCGUCUCUUCAAAUUUGGUUAAGAGAUGAAAAUAAAAAAUGAUGGAAUGCAAAUAAAAACAUUAGAACAUAUGUGAUGUGAAACAUAAUUUAGUGGCAUAAAAAUAAAAGGAAUGAGUGAAAAGAUAUAGUGUUGAUUUGUUUAAGGGCUGAGACAAGUAAAGGACAUGAUCAAUGGUAGGUGGUAGUGUUAGUGCAGCAUGAAAGGAAGUAGUGUAUGAUAAAAGUGCGAAAUGAUUAAGGAAAAGCACGAGAAAGGUUCAGAUACAGCAAAAGAUGAGGCUGGCAGCUCUGACAAAGAAGUUGCCAGUGCAGAAGUUCGUGUUAAAAAGGAAGAUGAUAGUGUUAAAAAGGAGCCUACCAUCGGGCCUAUCACUAAGAACGGGGGAAUUGUGGGAUCAACUAACACAGGUUCGAUGCAAAGUGCACCAGAUCGAAAGACUGAUGUUCACUCUGAAGACACAGGUACUGAUAAUAGUUCAGUUCCUCUGAAGCAAGAGGAGUGUGUAGAUAAUGAACUUAGUGGAGAUACGUUUGGGUUAGGAUUGCCUACUGGUGGAGGAGGUCCACAUCCUACUCCUCCAGAGGGUAUACAACCAUUAGCCAGCAAUGUUAUCAACAAACAACCCAAUUCUAUGGAGGUACAGUACAUGCAGCAACAGAGUCAAAUUUUUGUAUUUUCUACAAUGCUGGCAAAUACGGGUGCUGAAGAGGUUUUACAGGGCAGGUAUCCUUCGAUUAUUGCAUACCAUUGUGCGCAACCUGGUACAAAGAAGUACUUAGAAAAGAACCCACUUAAAGUUACUCAAUUUAAUCGUCAAAAUCCUGCUCAGUGGCUGAACAAUCUGGCAAUGAUGAAAAAUAAAGGUUGCACUCGUAGUCCUGGACUCGGUCCUAAACCUCCACCCACCUUAGAUAAUUUUUUGGGCCCUGAUGGUCUCGAUGAUAUGGUGGGUUUAGACGAUGGAAAUAUGCCUUGGGAUCAGAAGAAUAAUCAUCACCUAGAAGGUCUAGAUGCUGCUGUUUCAAAUGGAAUACCUGAUGUGGUGCCUGAUAUGGAUGCUUGUAGUCCUUCCUUAUCAAACGUUCAGCCCUCACUUCAGGGCGUCAAAGUGCCUGAUGAGAACCUUACUCCCCAACAACGGCAGCACCGCGAAGAACAGUUAGCUACAAUACGUAAAAUGCAGCAGAUGCUGUUUCCUGAAAAUCAAAGUAUAGAAGGUGGUGGCCCACCAGAUCAGAAUAUGCCACCCGUCACAGCUCAAGUAGAGUGGCAGAAGUUACAACAUCAGUUUUAUGACGAUCGAAAAGGUAAACCCGGCUCUGGAUCGGUAGUACCAGUUGGUCCCGUGAGUGGAGGAAGUGUGGCAGUGAGUUGUGGUACUGGAACUAUGGGUCCUAAUGUCCCGGGAGGAAGCGCUAAUACUUCCUCUGUAAAUAGAAGUGUAUCGGGGUCAGGACCAAGAUUACAAGGACCUCCUCCCCCCUACCACCAAACACCACGUUCUGCUAGUGUUCCAAUAGCGUUACAAAGCCCCAGUCCUGCUUCUCCUAAUAAUCCCACAUCAAAUUUAUCUCUACCAUCCCCUAGAGCUUCAUCGGCUCUAAAUUCUCCAGCCGACCCCAAUAGACCUUUUGGUUUGACAAGACACAUGAGUACUGGGCAGAGUCCUACCUCGCAAGAUUCUCCCUCGGCACCAAGACUUAAUCACAGUAAUCCAGGCACACCUCUCUCAUCACACCACCUGUCUCCAAGUAUAACUAACAGUAAUACGGAACCAACAUCGACCCACCAAUCGUCAGUGGAUGGUAUGUUUGGUCGUACACUCCAAUCUAUGGCACAACAAAAACAACAAAUCAGCACCUCAACCACAUCAUGUUCUACGACCCCUACGACAGGAGUUGUUAAAGAACCAAACCUUAUGCCAGUUCCUUCACCCCAACAGAUACAGUACCUCAACACUUUCGAGGGGCAAGAAUUGAUCAUUCAAAAACAACCAAACACCAGUUUAAAAGAAGGAAAUAUUAUAUCUCCCGUUUUACCAACCACGUUGGAUAGUGGUUUCCCAGGUAACACUCCAGAUCUUCCUCAUACGAGGGUAUCGGGUCCUAACACACCUACUUCUAUGGAUGUAGGUCCAAGAUUUCCCCCCACUCCCUCAGAUGGAUGUCGCUUCCAGAUACCAAGCCCUCAUACCCCCACUGCCACUUCAGCAGCUGACAAGCCCCCUCAGAGGCAUCCUGGACCGACAGGAGCUCCAGGCCUAAGUCCUCAAACAGUACCUGGUCCAAAUUCAGAUCCCCUUAAAAAUGAUCUUUUCCCAACACCAAGCCCUCACAUGAUGGAUGUACCACGUUUUGCCGGACCAAAUGCUUCUCCGGGUGCUAAAAUGGGAGGAGGAUUUGUGAAUGUGUCCCCACAAGGGAAACCCUUAGAUCUUCCUAAUUAUGGGUGCGUCAGAGGAGACAACGUUCCGCUGAAUCCUAAUUGUACAAGCACAAUGUCUGGUAAUCCCAAAGUUUCACAUUUCGAUCCAAUUUCUUCAUUAGCACAAAUGAGUCAGCAACUUACGAAUAGUGUUGCAAGUUCCUUAAAUGGCCAAGGUAACCAAGGUCCACCCAUGAUGAACUUUGGUUCCCCUUCCAUGCAUAUUAUGGAUAUGGGUGGUUGUCAUGGAAUACCAGAUAUAGAUCAAGGACCGGCGAAUAUUAUGGGCAUGUCGAUGCAAGGCCCUCCGCAUGGAUUUCAUCCCAAUUCACCCAUGGGCCCCAUAAGAUCUCUUUCACCUAAGUUAACCGGUGCUUUUCCUAACCACAUGCCUAUGCCACGGAUGAUGGGGCGUCCACCCGGACCAAAUCCUUAUAAUGGAGCUAAUGUUCAAGUAAAGCCUAAUGCUCCUAACACUAUACAGUACUUGCCAGCUAAAUCUCAAGUAGGACAAGCACCAGGUCCUCGAGGACCACCUAGUUUAGACUUCUUAACCCGCCUUGCAACACCUAUGAACAUGAUGGAAUCUAAAAUGCAAUCUCAGAAUCUGCAAUAUUUUCCAAACUGCGGCCCUAAUAAUGGACCUAUGCAAGGAGGACCAAUGCCACCUCAUAUGCCACACAUGGACGGAUCCAUGCCUCAAGACGGGAGUAUGGGUCCAAUGGGUCUAGGAAAUCAUAUGGGAAACGGCGCACCUAUGGGUUCGAUGGGAGGUAACAUGGGAAUGCCAGGAGGAAUGGUACCGAUAAUGAGGGGGCCCAUGAGGCCCCCCAUGGGUAUGAGAAUGCCCCAAAUGGUAUUCAAUGGACCUCCAGGUGGUCCUGGAGUCCCCGAUUCCAUGUUUAACCCAGGCCCUAGCAUGGGAAAUCCUUCGGCCCAGAUGUUUGUAAGCGGGCCUAAAGGUAGUCCAAUGGGUAUGGGUACUCCCGAUGCUAGCCAACCACUCCCCCCUUCGAUGGGACAGAACAAUAGCUUUAAAAAUUCACCCUUCGUCGGGCCCACUACGGCGGACCCUAACUAUGCACAACAGUUCCACAACUUCCAACAACAGCUGUACGCCACGAGCACCCGCAGUCAAAUGGGUGGCCAAGCUAUGGGGCCGGGGCCAGGACCCCCGCAUAUGCAGCAGCCUCCGUACUUUAAUCCCAAAUAGCAUAUAUGGUGCUGAGUGUGUGAGUCAGAGUAUUUUGUUUUAUUUUUGAUAUUACUAAUGAGUAAUCCGGCAAUAAUAAGAUUGUGAGAUUGUAAAAUAUGUGUUACGCAUCGAAUUCAAGUGCAGUUAAGGGUCAUGUAAAAAGUCGCCUGCCUGAGGGCUCAGUUUGCCUAAAUACUUAAUGCUAUUCUGGAUUUGUAUAUUUGCCAUAAAUAAACUAGAAAGACUAUUAGUUAUAAUAUUAAGUGUUGGACUUGCUUGGUCCUUUUUAUGACGGAGGUUUCACUAUUGCUCAUUAAUUUGUUUCUAUCCAUCUGUUAUUCGUUUAUUGUACAUUUUAUGAGUAUUCAUAAUUAAAA